AGAUUUUGUAUGCCGAGCCGUACCUCAAAUAUUUAUGUUUUACCUCCAAGAAACACCCAUUCUUUCUGUUGAUAUUUUCGCAAAAAGUAAUGAUCGGGGGGACGUGAGACGGUGGGAGGAAUAGCGGCGCGAAGACUCCUGUACUUCCCCUCAGGAUACAGCCAAAUUUUGUGAACCUUUCCCAAUAUUUUUCAUAAAACAUAGGAAUUAUAGGUCGAAUAGCACCUCAGACCAUCGAAUCUGUAAUUUAUUAAUAGAUUUUACAUGAAAAAUAUGUCUAUUUAAUUAUUCAUCAAGCACGUUCUAUUCUUAAAACAUUACCAAAUGUUAAUCAUAUUAAUUUAUCUAAUUUACAUCAUAUAUAUAUUAUUGGUGAUCUUCAUGGACAAUUAGCUGAUUUAUUACAUAUAUUUAAAUUGAAUGGACUACCUGCAGUUGAUAAUCCGUAUAUAUUCAAUGGAGAUUUUGUUGAUCGAGGUCCAAAAUCAAUUGAAAUUAUGCUUUUACUUCUAACUGCUAUUAUUCUCUAUCCAAGUUCAGUAUUUCUUAAUCGAGGUAAUCAUGAAGAUAUUAUGAUAACAGCUCGAUAUGGUUUUCAAGAGGAAAUUAAUAACAAAUAUCCAAACUGUAAAAAACAAUUAAUUGAUUUAUUUAAAGAUGUAUUUAGUUGGUUACCAAUAUAUUCAUGUGUUGAUACAGGAAAAUCUAAUAUUAUGAUAGUACAUGGAGGAAUAUCUACCCGAAUUGAUUUAGAGCAAAUAAAUUCUCUUGAAAGAAAUCGAUAUAUUUCAAUGAUUCUACUACCAAAAUCAAAACAUGUCGGUGAACGUUUGACUAAAGAUGAACAAGCGGAAUAUCUUCAGGUGACAGAUUUUAUUACUAGACUUUUUUAA